UAUUUUCUAAUUCUGGCAACCCACUUAUGUAACGUCAGUUUCUAUCAUUGUCAAAAACAUAAUUGUCAAAUUUGCCACAGCUGAUUUGCAAUUUAUUCUUGAGAACGAAAACUUUUAUGUAAUCAAAACGAUAAAUCAUCUCUUUAGAGAUGAUUCGAAACGUAGCGGUAGGGUCUAGCUUAGUGGCUUUGAUACCAACCUUAAAAGCUGCCAGUCCUGUGCAGAAUGAGACAUCAGGGCCUCCAAAACCACCUCCAAUGAGAUACACUGACCUACCCAUUUACGAGGCACCCCAUGCAGAAUAUGGCGAAUUUGUCGAAUCAAAAUCUAAGUCUGCCAAGAACAGUUACAUCAAGACAGCGCUACAACCACCAGUGAAGGCAGUUCGUGAGCAGGUGCAAUAUGUUUGGGAUCAGACUGAGACAGUUAAGCACACUGUACAAGACCACUAUCAUGAAUUCAGGGACCGGUCAGACUGGAUUUUGCAGUAUUUACGAGAAGAAGCAAAUAAAGAAGCACGCUAUGGUGCAGUGGUUAUGGGAGGUUUAACUGGAUUUAUAUUUGGCCUUAGAGGAGGGAUUUUCAGGAGGCUGGUGUAUACAGGUCUUGGUACCACAGGCAUGGGGUUAGUUUGUUUCCCAGAAGAAACGAAAGAAAUUAUCAAAACCAAUGGGUCUUUUGCAAAACAAUAUAUUAAUAUUGCCUACAAUUUCCUUUAUGGAGUUAAACCUGGAGACCCCCAGCUAGAGAUCAAAUUUCCCGAAUUAUCUUUUCCUAAAGAUUUCUCGGAAUUUGUCGAUCUAACUGUGUCAAUGGCAUCUUCUGUCAAGCAGGCGGUCAUGCCUCCUCCAGCUAAGGAAUCGUUAGAUUCCAAACAAUCAGAAAAGGAUUAGUCUAUCUCUUUCAAGAUGAACUAGAUGAACAAUCUGUAAAUUCGUCAUCAUAAUAGGAAACAGAUGACUACACUUAUAUAUAGUUCAUGAAUUUAUGAUAAAUAACUUAUUGUUUUGUUCUUUUAACUUAUUACAGUGUAAAUUGACGAUAAAAAGAAAUAAACAGUACAAUUU